AGGAUUCAGUAUCAUACUCUUUUGAGCAUUCAAACAUUACACAUCUCUUACAAACAUUCAAAAUGUGCGUAGAAAUCUCUCAACAAUACAACAAAAUGGAUAUCACCAUCUCCGCAAAGAAAACGACCAGCUACAGCAUGAAGAAGCUGUUGAAACAAAUCUUCAAACAACAAAAAUCCCAGAAAGUUGCUGCUGCUGACUCAAUGGAAUCUCUAGAAUCAUUGGAAAAUGAACGCAAUGCCAGUUUGGAGUCUGAUUGCGCCUCCAUGGAAUCCUUUGAAAACGACAUCAAUGAAAAACUCUCAGCCAAGCAAUGCAACGAAGAGGAGGAAUUCGACUACCCCACCACCUCUGUGCCAGUUCACUUUGUUCGCACCGAGCAAGGUACCUUCUUUUGGACUACCACCAGUGCCUUUGAGCAAGUAUCCUGCCUGCAAGAUCGUUGGGCCCAGGCCUAAAAAAACCAAUCUGUUUUCAUAUGAAAACUCAACAAUCCCAGCCUUUCAUUCAAAAACUUAUUUUGAAAGCUUUAAAAACAACUGUGAUACUUUAAAUAUAUAAAUUAAGAAAAAAUAUUUUACAACAAAACAAAAAAUAUAAACAAUUUUAAACAAAAA